UGGCGCGCGCAGCUCCGGUGUCCCCGCCAUGGCCGGCUCCGGGGCCCCGGCUCCCCUGCCCGGGCCGAGCGGCCCCGGCUCCGCGCUGGAGGAAGAGGAGGAGGAGGAGGAGGAUGAAGAGCCGUCCCUGGGCUGCGACGGCGACCUGGAGGUGAACCCCUACGACGGGCUGCCCUUCUCCUCCCGGUACUACGAGCUGCUGCGGCAGCGGCGGGAGCUGCCGGUGUGGACGGCCAAGUACAGCUUCAUGGAGCACCUGGAGGGCAGCAGCGGCAUCGUGCUGGUGUCCGGGCCCCCCGGUACCGGCAAGAGCACCCAGAUCCCCCAGUGGUGCGCCGAGUACGCCCUGUCCAUGUCGUUUGCCCACGGGCUGGUGGCCUGCACCCAGCCCCACAGCCUGGCCGCCCUCAGCCUCUCCCUGCGCGUGGCCGACGAGAUGGACCUGAACCUGGGCCACGAGGUGGGCUACUGUGUGCCCCACGAGGACUGCUGCACUGCUGACACCAUCCUCAGGUUCUGCUCGGACGAGAUGCUGCUGCGGGAGAUGACGUCGGAGCCGCUGCUGCGGCAGUACGGGGUGGUGGUGCUGGACGAGGCGCAGGAGCGCACGGUGCCCACGGACGCGCUGCUGGGGCUGCUCAAGGACGUGCUGCGCCAGCGCCCGGCCCUGCGCCUCGUCAUCGUCACCUCGCCCGCCCUGGAGCCGCGCCUGCGCGCCUUCUGCGGGGACCCGCCCGUGGUCAGGGUGCCCGGGCACGGCUCCCCACCACAGCUGCUCCACCGGGAGCCGCCGGCCCACGGGAGCGUGACUGCUGCGUGCCAGGCCGUGCUGGACAUCCACCGACGCCAGGAGCCCGGCAACGUCCUCGUCUUCCUGGCCAGCGAGCAGGAGAUCUCGGAGUGCUGUGCUGCCAUCCAGACGGAGGCCGUGGCGCUGAGCCCGGCGCUGGGCCCGCUGCUGGUGCUGCCGCUGCACCCCGGGGUGGGCAGAGCUGCACAGAGACUCUAUGAGACGCCCGAGGAGGGCCGGGAGCGCCGUGUCAUUGUCACCCACUGGCUCGGGGACUCGUCCUUCUCGCUGGGCACCGUGCGCUUCGUCAUCGACUCGGGGCUGGAGCUGCGCAGCGUGUACAACCCCCGCAUCCGCGCCGAGUCCCAGGUGCUGCGGCCCAUCAGCCGGAGCCAGGCCGAGUCACGCAUGCAGAGAGCUGCUGGCAGCCCCCCAGGCACCUGCCUGCGCCUGUACUCAGAGGCCUUUGAGCAGCGCAUGCCCCCCAGCCCUGCACCCCAGGUCAGUGAGACCAGCCUGAGCCGCCUGGUGCUGCUGCUGAAGCGCCUGGACAUCGCUGACAUGGGCCAGUGUGACUUCCUUGACCGCCCAGCCCCUGAGUCGCUGAUGCAAGCUCUGGAGGACCUGGACUACCUGGCAGCCCUGGAUGAUGACGGGAAUCUGUCGGAGGUUGGGAUCAUCAUGUCAGAAUUCCCCCUGGACCCGCAGCUGGCCAAGGCCCUCAUCGCCUCCUGUGAGUUCGACUGCGUGGAGGAGAUGGUCAGCCUGGCUGCCAUGCUCACAGCAUCGCCCUGCUUCGUGCCCCUGUCCACGCACCUGGAGGAGGCCGUGGCGCUGCGCCGGCGGGCGCUGCUGCACCCCAGCGGGGACCACUUCACCCUCAUCAACAUCUUCAAUGCCUUCCAGCAGCACGCGGGGGACGAGGGCUGGUGCCGGAAGCAGGGGCUGAGUGCCGAGGCGCUGCGCCUGGCGGGCACGGUGCGCGCCGAGCUGCUGGAGGCCAUGCGCCGCAUCGAGCUCCCGGUGUCCCCGCCCGCCUUCGGCUCCGACGCCAACGCCCUCAACAUCCAGCGCGCCCUCAUCUCCGGCUACUUCCUCAAGGUCGCCCGGGACAUCGACGGCUCCGGUAACUACGUGAUGCUGACGCACAAGCACGUGGCACACCUGGCCCCCGCCUCUGGGUACCUGCUGCGGGCACCCCCGCGCCGCCUGCCCCCCUGGGUGCUCUACCACGAGUUCACCAUCUCUCAGGACAACUGCCUGCAAGUGGUCUCGGAGAUCCAGCCCCAAAUGCUGGUGGAGUUGGCCCCGCAGUACUACCUGAGCAACCUGCCGCCCAGCGAGGGCCGGGACCUGCUGAUGGAGCUGCGGGAGAAGGUGGUGGCGGCCGAGGAGGCGGCGCCGGCGGAGGCGGAGGGUGCCAGACGCGAGGAGGACGAGCCCGCAGACGUGUGCGUCCUGCAGUGAGCCGGAGCAGCGGAGCCCCGCGGUGGGGCUGCCUGGGCUUGGCCGUGACCCUGGGGACAGGGGAGCCCCGGGGAGGCCCCAGGGGGGCUGCGUGCCCGCAGGGGCUGUCCCGGCUCGCAGGGAGGCGCGGGCACGGCCUGGCACUGCCUCGGCUCUGCGCCGCGGUCAGUCGUGGGCCGGCGGCCGUGGGACCACCCCGGCACCUCGGAGCGUGGAUUGAGGAGCGCUGGCCCCGGCCGGGGGAGUGUUGUGGGCCCUCCCCACUGGGCUCCUUCACCCCGUGUUUCCUGGGGGUGCUGCGGGGCUGGAGGCAUCGCCUGUCCCACUCCCUCCACGCCCGGGGCCGAGGGGCCACGCACGGGUCCCUCCUCCUGUAUAAAGUUUUGUGACCUUUGCUCCUGGCUUCGUGUCCGUGACUGCAGUGAGGGUGGGGUCGUUCCUGCCCAGGGACAUCACCACAGAGUGAUUCAGCCAGGGUGGGUCCAUCUCACCAAGGGACAUCACCACAGAGUGAUUCAGCCAGGGUGGGUUCUGUCCCUGCUCCUCCCGUCUCCCAGGAAUGGUUUCUGUCCGUGAGGCCUCUCUCCCUGCCACCCGUGUUCGGGUGCCAGGCUGGGGUUCCAGCCAUGUUGAGGCUCUGAGGGCAUCCCUGGCCUUUGCCACAGGACUUCCCCUCUGUGGUCGUCGUUGUUCUGCAGAAGCCAAGGAGAAGCUGUGGUUUGUGAGAUGGGGGCGAGCGGGGCCGCCAACCUGCUGCCAGUGCCUGCUUCCCCCAGACAGGCCAGGGCACGGGGGCACCCCAGGACAGGGCACCCCUUCCCUCUCCCCUUGGGGUUCCCUACAGUGCUACAGCCAAGGGCUGAGCUGCUCCAUGGGGCCUGGGGUGGGGGUCCUGGCUCCCCGUCCCCACCCCUCAGCCCACGCACUGGGGUUUGGCUCAGCUCAGGGAGGGGCCUUGGAGGUCCCAAUGGCCUGUCCUGGCCUCAAAAGGUGAGGGCUGGGCUCCCCCAGCCUCCCACAGCCCCAGUUCCCUCUUUGCUUUCUAGGAACUGCAGAAAGUACAUGAAAGUACUGCCUUCCCCAGGGUGGGCUCUGCUGCGUGCCCUCAGCACGGGCUGGCACCAGUGGGGUGGCAAAGAGGCAGCUGGUGACCCUGGUGAUCUCUGUCCCUACGUCCUCAUCUCUGCACAGCACCCCAUGGGAUACACUGGCAUGAGGAGGGGAUGGAAGGGGCGUGCCAACCUGUGCCAGGCUGGGGACAUCACCCUGAGCCCCUGUGGCAACCCUCCCCUCUCCUCAACGCACCCAGAG